AUGGACAAGGGCAAGAUCUUGAAGGUUUCAUGGGAUGGGAGUGCUGAUUCGUACAAUGUGGCAAAGUUGGAGGAGCUCUUCCAGAAAUUUGGCAAAGUUGAAGACAUUGUUAUCAAGAUAAGGAAAUCAAGGAGUAAGGGCUCAUCAAUUGUAGUAAUGGGCUCCAAAGAAGCUGCAGGGCAAAUAUACAUCUCAUACUAUCCCAGGAAAGUGACAUGCAAAAAUUCAUAA